GUCUCCACGCUCACGCUACGACCUCUGCCUUAUACCCUCACGACCUCAACCCCUCCCCUCGUCGACAUGUUCGCUAAGCUCAGUGUUGCUGCUGCCGCCGUCCUGCCCCUUGUGUCGGCCUUGACUCUGCAGACGCCCUCUGGGCUGACCUCCGCUGGUCCUGCCACCAUCUCCUGGACUGCGGAGUCCACGGACCCGCCUUUCUCCCUCGAGCUUGUCAACCAGGUGUUCCACAAUUCCUUCGCUAUCGCAAACAACGUCCAGCCCGGCCAGGGCUCACUCAGUUUGACUCUCCCCAUUGUACCCGCUGGUGAUGGCUACAGUCUUGAGGCGGUUAAUGUCACAAACAUCAACCAGGUGUACGCUAGCAGCGGUGACUUUUCAAUUGCACCUGCCUCGUCUACGACGUCCUCCGCGUCUUCGACUUCGUCCGGUGCGCUGAGCAUGUCUUCAGGCUCAUUAGCCUCGACAACCGGCUCCGGAAUCACCAGCGCCCCUAGCUCUUCCGCCACGUCGCCAUCCGGAUCCUCUACCUCUUCCGCCGCCACGACCAGUGUAAGCAGCUUCUCUGGAGCCGUUGGUCAGUUGAAUCUCGGCUCUGCCGCAUCUUACGCUGCCAUGCUCCUCGCUGGGGUUGCGGGUGUUGCUGUCGUUGCCCUCUGAGUAUGAAAAAGGAUUUAUUCGCCUACCCGGUGGACAUCCCUUUCUUUCUCGGGACUCGCGGACUUCACGAACAUUUUCGGACUGUAUUUGGACUUUAUCGCAGUUGUUUAGGCCGUCAUUGACAUGUUUAGCGUACGAGCUUGUUGAUGUAAUCUGCAGGCGUCCCUUCUUUUGCAAUGUGAUUCAGCGUGUGUUGGCCACUC